GAGGGCGUACUCUCCUAGCCUCAAAUCUUUCAUGCCUUUUGGCUUUUCCCAAUUAAGAUUAUACUAUUUAUAAAACAAAACUAUAGUAAUCCAACAAAAUAAGAAUUUUUAGAAACGUAAGUAUUCCUCCAAAAGAGCUAGAAUAGGUGGUUCACCUUGUUAAGUAUGAAAAUGUUUAUGUUUACAAAAAAGAGCUAAUAGGUGAUUAGUUUUACCUUGCCAGAAAAAUAAAUAAAAACAAUGUGAAACUUAGAUUGAAAAACAGACGAUAUGUUUUAGGUUCUGUGAAGCCAAAGCCACAUAAGAUCACAUCCCUUCACGGAAAUGGAAAUGCUUUUAAAAAAACGAGAUAGUGUCGCCAUGAUAACUGCAUUGCUGCUGGAACCCUAAACUUUAUUAAUGAACUAAUGAAACCAAAUUAUUUUUAUCAUAUGAUUGAAAAUGUUGCCAAGAUUCGUGUUUACUCUAUAGAUGACAACAACAUUAUCAUUUUUCAAACAGUAGUUGAUUAAACUAAAUAAAAAAAUUGAUAUAUAAAAUUUUGUAGAUUAAACAAUCAGAACAAAUCUACAAAAUUUUGACUAUAAAUAGAUCACUACACUUAUAGAUUUGUCUCAUCGAAGUAAAGUUUACUAAGUUGAAAGAGAAAAAUUAGUCUUACUAAACGCAAAGCAUUUUAAAGAAAUGGCAAAAAACAUCAACUCCGUUAGUUUCACCGUUCUCUUGCUUGUUCUUUUGAUGACUUCCACCGAAAUCGUGAAGAGCGAUGCUGCAUGCUUCACGUUCUUAGGCGAGUGCGGGCCGGAGCCAUUUACAGGUUCAAAUGCUGAUUGCUUGGCCUGUUGUGUAGCACUUUACAGUAGUCCACCAGUUUGUGCUGGACGUGUUGAGGGAAACCCGGCUCACUGCCACUGCUACAAAUCUUAAAGAGGUUUACAUAACCUCUCGCAUAUAAUUACCAAGUGUAACUUUUGUUUUCAUUCGGUGUGAGGACAUUUCAUCUCUGUAUGUUAAUGUUCAAGUUUCUUUUGCUUACAAAUAAAACAUCAAGGGCAAAGCUUGUCACUGCUUGCCCAUAAGUAUAAGCUCCUGCAUGCACUUUUCAUUAGUUCUGAAUAAUAAUAAACUCGUUUUGUGUUUGUGUUUA